AUGCCAGAAACACUUAUUAAUAGCAGGAACAUUAACUUAGACUCCCCUUCUAAAACUGCUACACCGAUUCCUCCUCCUCGCCUGAAGAAGCAGGCCACCAUUAACAGGUGGCAAAGCAACGACCAAACACCAUCGCUAAGUAGUUCCUGUAGAUCAUCUUUUGAAUCUCAGCCCGAGGAAUCGCCUCCACAGAAGACCAUGCAGAAUGUUACUUUGACUCAGAACUGCAAGUCAUCUGGCACAUUGCGUGUGCAGCGCUUGAGUGAUAUGAGCAUCUCUACGUCAUCAUCGGACUCUUUUGAGUAUGACCGCAUGGUGCCCCCUUUUUACGAAGGUGACAGCUUGGAAGAUUGUGAGGAAGAAAGCGACCAAGAAAGCAUGGCACCACCCGUUAAGUCUCGGAAAAAAAGAGGGACUUCUUUGGGUCUGUCCAAAAUUAUGAAAACUCACCUGCGUAAAGUUAGUGGAGUCUUCAACUCUUUGGUGACUCCAGAGAAGAAGAUGGUCAAAAAGAUUACAGCCAUGUCCAGGGACAAACGGACUUAUUUUGGAUGCCUUGUGCAGGAUUAUAUCAGCUUUCUGCAGGAAAACAAGGACUGCCACGUCUCUAGCACAGAUAUGUUACACACUAUCCGACAAUUUAUGACACAAGUCAAAAACUAUUUGUCACAGAGCUCCGAACUGGACCCACCAAUCGAAUCCCUGAUUCCAGAAGAUCAGAUAGAUAUAGUCCUGGAAAAAGCAAUGCACAAGUGUAUAUUAAAGCCACUGAAAGGAUAUAUAGAAAACAUGCUAAAGAACUUCCGUACUGCAGACGGUUCGUGGAGGCAGCUGAAGGAGAACCUGUUAUUAGUAAAACAGAGGACCCCUCAGGAGCUGGGGGUUCUCACCCCAACCCCAGAAUCUGUCGAUGUGGAAAAGAUCAAAGUCAAGUUGUACACCAUGCAAAAAAUGUACUCCCCAGAGAAGAAAGUGAUGCUGCUACUGAGAAUCUGCAAACUCAUCUAUACGUGCAUGGAGAAUAACUCAGGGAGGAUGUAUGGAGCAGAUGAUUUUUUGCCAGUUCUAACUUAUGUCAUUGCUCAGUGUGACAUGCUGGAAAUUGACACUGAAAUUGAGUACAUGAUGGAGUUAUUGGACCCAGCUCUACUGCACGGAGAAGGAGGCUAUUACUUGACAAGUGCAUAUGGAGCACUUUCCUUGAUAAAGAACUUUCAGGAAGAGCAAGCAGCUCGACUGUUAAAUUCAGAGACCAGAGACACAUUAAAGCAAUGGCACAAGAGAAGAACUGCAAACAGGACCAUUCCAUCCAUUGAUGACUUCCAGAAUUAUUUGAGAGUUGCCCUUCAAGAAGUAGAUAAUGGCUGUACCGGCAAGACACUAAUUGUUAGGCCUUACACCACGACCGAAGAUGUCUGCCAGAUGUGCGCUCAGCGGUUUAACAUCCAGGACCCUGAAAAUUAUGGUCUCUUCCUUUAUAUUGAUGAAACUUGGCAGCAGCUCAGUGAAGACACAUACCCACAGAAAAUUAAAGCUGAACUUCACAGUCGACCAAACCUCCAAGUCUUUCAUUUUGUAUACAAACGCAUCAAUAACGACCCUCAGGGGCUCAUCAACUAUAAUGAUGACAACGAUGAGAACGAUGAAGAUGCAGAUUUCUGA